AUGCCCGGCCCCGUAGAUCCCACCACCCCGACAGAGCCCUCGUCGCCGAGGCACUCCCCGCGCAUCGAGCUCCCGGAGGAAGACGUCAGCGCCUCCCCGCGGACAGACGGCCAAACCAGCCCAGGCCUCAGGAACAGCAAAGGAUGGGACGGCAAGCUCAGGGUCCAGCGCACCGCCGUCCUCGCCAACCCAGAGGUCCUCUCCGACCCGGAAUCCGACGACGAGAACGUCCUUCCUGGCGAAGAACUACCUGCUGACGAGGAUCUCCUCGACGGCGAAGACCCAGAAACAGACGAACUCAUCGUCUCCCACGCCCGCGUCUCUUCUAUCCCCGCCCUCCGCCUCGAACGCUUCCAAAAGGUAGUCCGCCUCUGUCUCCGCCAGAACUCGAUCCAGUCCAUCGACGGCCUCGCCGCCCUCGCGCCCACCCUCGAGGACCUCGACUUUUACGACAACCUCAUCUCCCACAUCCGCGGCCUCGACGACCUCGUCAACCUCACCUCCCUCGACCUCAGCUUCAACAAGGUCAAGCACAUCAAGCGCGUAAACCACCUGACCAAGCUCAAAGAGCUCUUCCUCGUCGCCAACAAGAUUUCCACAAUCGAAAACCUCGAAGGACUCAAUGACCUUACCUCGCUCGAGCUCGGCUCCAACCGCAUCCGCGUCCUCCAGAACCUCGACUCCCUGAAGAAGCUCGAGGACCUCUGGGUCGCCAAGAACAAAAUCACCGAGCUCACGGGGCUCGGCGGCCUCUCCAACCUCCGCCUCCUCAGCAUUCAGUCCAACCGCAUCCGCGACCUGGCGCCCUUGGCCGAGGUGCCCAGCCUCGAGGAGCUCUACAUCUCCCACAACGCCCUCACCUCCCUCGCCGGCAUCGAAAAGAACGAGAAGCUGCGUGUGCUCGACAUCUCCAACAACGCCGUCGCGAGCGUAAAGGGCCUCGCGCCUCUCAAGAACCUCGAGGAGCUCUGGGCGAGCUACAACCAGAUUGGCGACUUCAACGAGGUCGAGAAGGAGCUCAAGGACAAGGAACACCUGACGACGGUCUACUUUGAGGGCAACCCGCUACAGCUUAGGGGACCCGCGGUGUACCGCAAUAAAGUCCGUCUGGCAUUGCCCCAACUAUCCCAGAUCGACGCAAGCACAGCGUUCUAG